AUGGGUGUAAUUUGCAUUAGCCAAGACUCCGAUAUAGGGCUGUUCAACAAUCUGGCUAGCACCUUUAAUCACAUGCGAAAUGAACGGAUCAUUCUGUGGAUGCAAGUGAAUGCCACUGAGGAAUUGAUGCAAGAGGUUUGCACGAUGGCGGAGAAAUACCUAUUUGGUCAGAUCGUGGUCCUGGACACUGUCAGCUCAGGAAAUGUAUCGGUGAAGGUCUACCGCCUUAGGCCGUUUCCAAGACCAUACUUUGUUCUAAUUGAUGAUGCCUUCAGCUGCGGCGCUAUUUUUCAAGUUGAACACUUAAACUUUCAAGGAAAGGAGGCCAUUGUAUUGCCGAAAAGGGAAUAUAUACUUCGAUACAACAUUAGCUAUGGGCCGAAAAGAAGUUUUCCCAUUAACUCUGAUGAAGAUAGACAUAUUGUGGAGUUUUCUCUAAGAAGAAACUUGAGUCUGAAAUUGUACCAGGGCAAUGUUAGGGGUCCCAAGAUCGACCACUUCGACAUGCAACUGAGUCCGCGCCUUGUUACCAUAAGAGAUGUCACUGAAACAGCUAAUUCCUUCACUAUUGUUUCCCUAAUAGUAUUGGUACCCUGCGGCCAGGAGAGGCUCAUCCAGAAUGUCUUCAAGCAGCUUGAAUUUGAGGACUGGCUCCUAUACGUUCUCCCCGUGUAUGCCACAUUUGUGGCGGUUGAGUGGCUCAUGCACUACACUAUCUAUCGCGUAACUGGCCGAGUCCACCGCCUGAACUUCCUGAAUCCAUUGGUGAACCUGCGGGCCUUCGCCGCCAUCCUGGGAAUGUCCUUUCCGCUUUGCCGUAGGUGGAGCUUCUCGCUUCACCAACUCUUUCUAGUCCUGAGCAUCUUCGGAUUCGUAUUCAGCAACUUCUUCGCCUGCAAGCUGAGUGCACUGCUCACGAAGCACCCCAGAUAUGCUCAGAUUCAGAGCUUGGAGCAGUUACGACUCAGUGGGAUGCCAGUGGUGAUCGAUAAGAAUCUAGAGAAUUACUUGAAGAGGGACAUUGAUCGCUAUUUCUUGAAGACUAUUCUCCCAAAUACUGUUGGCUUGGAUUUGAGACAAACAUACAAUUUGCUCCUGUCUCUGAACAACAGUUUCGCUUAUAUUGUCUUCAAGGACUCGUUUCCCAUCCUAGAUAAAUACCAAAAGUCCUUAGGUCCGAAGAUACUUUGCGACGCCGAAAAUCUGACCAUUCUCUCGGACUUGCAGAAAAUGUAUUACUUGUCACCAAACUCAUUGUACAAGUGGCCACUUCGGCAAUUUAUCAAUCGAAUUUAUGAAUCUGGUAUCAACUUGUACUGGAAAAAAGAGUCGAUUGGUAAGAUGCGAAAGGCGCUCAAUAUGUCUCUACAAUCUGUUGUCAAGCAAGAGGCAGUUCCUCUCUCCCUCGAGCACUUCAACUGGCUGUGGCCGCUACUUAUCUUUGGCUAUGGAACAGCUUUUCUAGUAUUUCUAAUAGAGUUGCUAUUGGGAUUUAUUAGGGAUAGGUUGGAAAAAAAGAGUUCCAGGGUUCCGUUCUCUGAGGCUUAA